AUGAGCGUCUUCAACAUAAGUCGGAGCUGCACAGUGUAUGUUAACCACGGGCAAGACCGCGCUCAACCCAAGCCCAGAGGUGGCCCGUCGAAAGGGGGCGGUGGUGGUGGCGAUGGCGAUGGCGGUGGCGGUGGAGGUCGCGACCGAAAAUGCUAUAACUGUGGUAAACAGGGACAUUUGUCCCGGGAUUGCGCCAAGUCCAGAGGUGGCCCGUCGAAAGGAGGCGGUGGUGGUGGCGACGGCGAUGGCGGUGGCGGUGGAGGUCGCGACCGAAAAUGCUAUAACUGUGGUAAACAGGGACAUUUGUCCCGGGAUUGCGCCAAGUCCAGAGGUGGCCCGUCCAAAAGGGGCGGUGGCGGUGGCGGUGGCGGUAGCGGUGGCGGUGUCAGGGGUCGUGAUAGUGGUAGGCGGAGGGGUGGUGAUGGUGGACGGUCUACUGAAAACGGCCUCGCCGCGGCCGAAGAAGGACCUCAAUCAGACCGCCGAAACUGCGCAACCGCCAAACGAGCUCUACGUCACAGCAAGGGAGACGCCACCGAGCCCACCGCCAAACGUCGUAAGGAUAUAAUAUAA